ACUACUUUGCUCUCUCCUCUGUGUGUGUGUUUGCCAAUAUAUUAUAUUAUUAUUAUAUAUAAACACCUCCCCUACGUAUUGAUCUGCGAUUGAUUGAUCCAGUGCCUCCAGAAAAAGCGAUAAAGAAAACCCCAUUAUCAUUUAACAAUUUGCAUGUUCUUCCAAAACAUUUCGUUUGUGGGUCUACUGUUAACAUUUCAAUGCACACAGGGUGUUUGAUUAAUUGUCCGUGAGAGAAUUUCUUGAAUAAACAAAAUUCAGACUAUUUAAAAACGUCACGUUCAUUUCAGUAGAGUGUUUCCAAAACAUUUCAUUUGUGGGUGUACUGUUUCUGGGUUACGUUUUUAAUGCACACAAGCUGUUCGAUUAAAUGUCUGUGAAAGAUUCUUGACUUAAAAAAACGUUCCAAAACAUUUCCUGUUUCUGUGUGUUAAAUUAUGUAUGCACACAAGGCGUUCGAUUAAAUGUCUGUGAGAGAGAUUCUUGAAUAAAAAACUUCUGACAAUUAAAAAACGGCACGUUCAUUUCAGUAGUGUGUCACUCCUUAUACUAUAUAUAUAAAUUGUUGUCAAAUGCACAUGGCCUUUUGAGCUUCUUCUCUUCUCUAACUAAUUUCCCGCAAUAGUUUUCUAUUUCCUCCUCACAUGAUCUACAGAGAAAAAGAGGAUGACAAGGAGGUCAGAUGCAUUUCCAACAAUACCUUUGAUCUAAGUGGCACCUGUUAUCAGUCUUAAUCAAACAAACUCUUAUUGGGUUUCAAUCAUUAGCUGUUUUAUCUCUGAGUUUUGGCCAUCUUUCAAGAAUUUUGAUCUGUUUUGACUUUCUUCUUUGGUGUUCAUGUUGUUCUUCAAGUAUGGAUUGACAACUGAGAAUUUCUGGAUUAUGUUGAUGAGCAAUAUAUAUUGAUUUUAAUACGGGUAUUUGGUUAUUCGGGCGUUCAUAAAAUGGUGCACGAGAUGGAGGAAGAUCAUGUUGAAGAUAUGGAGGUUGAAGUACUAUCGUCAAUGUGGCCAGAAGACAUUGAUGAAGCUGGAAAAAAGUUCAACGUAGAAAAGCCAGGUGUCCAUGACAAUAUGUUAGAUGAUUUAGCCUUCAUUGAAGAACCUAGUAUAGUUGAUUUCAAACGAUUAGUAGAACUCACAAGUUACAGCGAAAAAGGGUCAUCACAGUUAGCUUAUCUCGUAAAAAACUGGGAAUAUAAACAAGAAAACGCUGUGAGACUUUUACGGGAAGAGCUUGAAAACCUAAGCAAACAACAACGUCAAGUCGAGCUCAAGAAGUUAGAAAUAUACGAACAACAUCGGUUUGAAGAAGAAAGCUACGGAGGUGAUAAACGUCCUGUUUCCGUGUUGGAUGAAGGUUAUGAAAUAUUUCAAGAUGUCCCCAGAAAGAGAAACGAUGUUAUCGUUGAAAAUAAACAGUUAGAAAUAGAUGCCGAGUAUGAUACGGUUACGUACUGGAAGCAACAGGCUUUGUAUUUGGGAAAAUUAUUGGAAGCGAGUGUUCAACGAGAACAGAUCCUUUUGGAGAAACUGGAAGAAAGCAUUGAGAAGCUUGAAAAACAAUCGUCCCCUGUAGAAGAACUUUCUCAAAUACUGAAAAGAGCCGAUAACUUUUUACAUUUUGUUCUUCAAAAUGCACCUGUUGUUAUUGGCCAUCAGGAUAAAGAGUUGCGGUAUCGCUUCAUCUACAAUCAUUUUCCAAGUUUACGAGAGGAGGAUAUUAUUGGAAAAACAGACGUAGAGAUAUUUAAAGGUGGCGGUGUGAAAGAAUCCCAAGACUUUAAAAGAGAAGUAUUGGAGAGAGGAUUACCAGCAAAGAGAGAAAUUACGUUUGAGACCGAAUUAUUUGGAGCCAAAACAUUCUUAAUAUACGUUGAACCCGUGUUCAGCAAAGACGGAGAGAAAAUUGGUGUAAACUAUAUGGGUAUGGAAAUCACUGAUCAGGUGAAAAAAAGAGAAAAGAUGGUGAAACUUAGGGAAGAAAUAGCUGUGCAGAAGGCGAAAGAGACGGAACUUAACAAAACUAUUCAUAUUACAGAGGAAACAAUGAGAGCAAAACAAAUGCUAGCAACCAUGUCACACGAGAUACGAUCUCCACUAUCAGGGGUCGUUAGCAUGGCCGAAAUUCUAUCAACAACAAAACUCGAUAAAGAUCAGAAACAACUUUUGAGUGUCAUGUUGUCUUCUGGCGAUUUAGUCCUUCAACUUAUUAAUGACAUCCUCGAUCUUUCCAAAGUUGAGUCAGGAGUUAUGAGGCUUGAGGCCACAAAGUUUAGGCCUAGAGAGGUAAUCAAGCAUGUACUUCAAACUGCCGCUGCAUCAUUAAAAAAGAUGCUAAUUUUGGAAGGACAUGUAGCAGAUGAUGUCCCACUGGAGGUUAUUGGUGAUGUGUUACGGAUUCGACAAAUUCUCACCAACUUGAUCAGCAAUGCUAUCAAGUUUACCCACCAAGGAAAGGUUCAGAUUAAUCUUUACGUGAUAGCAGACCCAUAUCCUGAAUGCCAGCUGGAACCGAAGAUAAAUGAUGACUCAGCAAAAAACGGACACGAGGAUAAUGAAUCUUGCUCGCAUGAAAAUGUUGUGUGGAUACGUUGUGAUGUUAAGGAUACCGGGAUAGGAAUUCCGGAAACCGCUUUGCCAAAUUUAUUCAAGAAAUACAUGCAAGCUGGUGCAGAUACAGCUCGGAAGUACGGUGGGACCGGAUUAGGUUUAGCAAUCUGCAAACAGCUGGUUGAGCUCAUGGGAGGACAUCUCACAGUAUCAAGCAAAGAAAAUUAUGGGUCGACGUUCACGUUCGUUCUACCUCAUAAAGUUUCACUCGCGUGUGACAGCUCAGACGAUACAGAUGAAUUUGACGACAUGGCUGACAACGAGUCAUCAGAUGAUGACCUCAGCUGUGGCUUCUUCCAGUUUCAACCGCACUCUUUAGUCUCUGUUUUUACGUCUAACGGUUCUGGAAUCCCGCAUAAAGUAAACGCGAAAGAGAUCAGCUUAAUCGAUGACGACCAUUCUUGUAUUGAUACCUCAUCAGAACCGGAAAGUUCGUCGAAGUGCGGUUCCGAGAAUGAAAACACAAAUUGCAUCAAGAAAGAAAAAGAUAACUGUGAUGAUCUACCGUUGGCUUCGUGCUCACCUUCUGAUGAACAUAGUUCUAGAAACGGUCAAGAAGUUGUUCCCAAUUCGGAAACGAAACCUAAGAUUCUUCUUGUUGAAGAUCAUGUGGUGAAUGUGAUGGUGGCACGUAGGAUGAUGCGGCAGUUGAAUCAAGAUAUGGAUGUUGUGAAUAAUGGAGCUGAAGCUGUACGCGCCGUUCAUCGUUGCAAUUAUGAUCUCAUUUUUAUGGACGUAUGCAUGCCGGUAAUGGAUGGGCUUGAAGCUACUAGAGUAAUUCGUUCCUUUGAGAAAACGGGUAAUUGGGAUGAAGCAAGAAAGGCUGGAGUCGAGCUGGAAGAUUCGCCUUCAUAUGAUCAAAUACUGAACGGGCCCAGAAAAAGAAUUCCCAUCAUUGCAAUGACUGCAAAUGCAAUGUCGGAAAGUGCAGAAGAGUGCUUUGAGAAUGGUAUGGACUCAUUUGUAACAAAGCCUGUUACUCUUCAAGGUUUAAAACAAUGUCUUGAACAGUAUGUGUUGUGAUAUAACACCACCCUGUAAAUAUAUGUGUGUAUGUAUAGAAAUGUGAAUGUGAGUUAGGAAAGUUUUGUAAUCUAUGUUUGGUCUUCUUCUCGUCCUCUUGCUUUCUUGAUCGAGUUUAUCUAUUUUUUC